AUGGAUGGGUUUGCGAAGGAGAAACGGCCAACCAAUCUGGGAAGGCGUGUUUCUACGAGCGGGGAACAGAAUAGGCAACAGGACACGUUAAGGGAGAUACAGGAGUAUCAAAGGCCUUUGGGAGGCCUUGCGUUACACGAUCAAUCGUCCCGUAAUGAUAUCCCUGCCGACCGCCAGUUACACGGGACCUCGGAUUUGGAUAGCCGUCCAGGAAAUUUGCCUUUAGGUAACGGAGCAGAUGGUAAUCCAGGAGCUUACGACGGUACGGAUCAGCCUCAAAAGCGGCGGGAGGAGUUGAUGAUGCAAACCCACGCGUUACUGAAUGAUAUACUUGCCAAUUACCGGCUAUACAAUACCUCGGAUUUGGACACUCUUCCAGGGAAUUCUCUGUCCGGUAAUGACCAUUACUAUAAUUCCGGUCCCUUUGGUCUUUUGGGUCUCCUUGGCCUUCUCGGUCAUACUGGUCGUAUCGCUAAAAUAAGCCGUGGUUUCGCUGAAUUCUUCCGUCGUACGGGUUAUGGGCCUCGUAACUAA